AUGGAGGAAAGAAACAGUACAGGGGCUGUACAGUUCAUCCUCUUGGGUCUCUCAGAGGAUCCGGAACUACAACCCCUCCUCUUUGGCAUAUUUCUGUCCAUGUACCUGGUCACUGUGCUUGGAAACAUUCUCAUCAUCCUGGCUAUCUCCUGGGACUCCCAGCUCCACACCCCCAUGUAUUUCUUCCUCUCUAAUUUGUCCUUUGUGGACAUCUGUUUCACCACCACCACCAUCCCCAAGAUGCUUGUAAACAUUCAGACACAGAGUCAAGACAUCACCUACCUUGAAUGCCUCACCCAGAUGUAUUUUUUCAUGAUUUUGGCUGGCAUGGAUAAUCUGCUCCUGACUGUGAUGGCCUACGACCGCUUUGUGGCCAUCUGUCAUCCCUUGCACUAUACCGUCAUCAUGAACCCAAAGCUCUGUAGCUUCCUGGUUUUGAUAUCUUGGUUCAUUAUGUCCUGGGUCUGUCUGCUACAUAUUCUACUCAUGUCUCAGUUGACCUUCUGCAUCAGAACGGAAGUUCCACACUUCUUCUGUGAACUAGCUCAGAUGCUGGAGGUGGCCUGUUCAGACACACUCACUAAUCGCAUCUUCCUGUACUUGGCCACCGCCCUCUUAGGCAUCUUUCCACUCACUGGGAUAUUGUAUUCUUACUCUCAGAUUGUUUCUUCUUUAAUGAGGAUGUCUUCCACUGCAGGCAAAUACAAAGCCUUUUCCACCUGUGGCUCUCACCUCUCUGUGGUCUCCCUGUUCUACGGGACAGGUCUGGGGGUCUACUUCAGUUCUGCUGUCACCAUGUCCACCCAAAGCAGUUCUAUUGCUUCUGUCAUGUACACUGUGGUCACCCCCAUGUUGAACCCCUUUAUCUACAGCCUGAGGAACAAGGACGUGAAGGGGGCUUUGCGAAAGAUUCUUUGUCCUGCUUCUUACUUGUAA